AGACGAUAGCGACGCACAUGGGCCUAGAUACAAGAACACCGGUCACUUUAUGGAAAGACAAAGCCUUAGUAGAAGCCAAUUUAGCGGUCAUAUUUAGUUUCCAACAAAAAGAAGUCACCAUCGUCGAUCACCAUACAGCCUCUGAUUCGUUUAUGAAACAUUUAGAAAACGAGAAUCGUUUAAGAAACGGAUGUCCCGCUGAUUGGGUGUGGAUAGUGCCUCCCCUAUCCGGUUCCGUAUUACCAGUAUUUCAUCAAGAGAUGGCUUUGUACUACUUAAAACCAUCUUAUGAAUAUCAAGAAUCCGCUUGGAAAACGCAUGUGUGGCAAAAAGGAAGAGAUUCUGGUAAAAGUAAGAAGCCACGUAGGAAAUUUCAUUUUAAUCAAAUUGCACGUGCGGUCAAGUUUACAUCGAAACUAUUUGGAAAAGCGCUGUCUCGUCGCAUCAAGGCCACAGUACUCUACGCCACAGAAACCGGAAAAUCGGAAAACUAUGCUAAAAAGUUGUGCGAACUAUUCGGACACGCUUUUAAUGCCCAGGUGUAUUGCAUGUCCGACUAUGAUAUUUCUAGCAUAGAGCACGAAGCCCUUCUUCUAGUGGUUACGUCGACGUUCGGAAACGGGGAUCCUCCGGAAAAUGGCGAGGAAUUUGCUAGAAAUUUAUAUACAAUGAAAAUGGCCGAGAAUGGAAUUUCACACCCUUCAAGUAUCAAUAUGGCUACAUCGAAAUCCUUCAUUAAAGUCAACAGUCAAAGUGACAUUCCAUCAAAGAGCAAAAAAUUAGAUAGAUUAAAUUCUUUAAGAGGAUCUCUUCUCAGCGAACCUCUUUUAGACGAUAGUUUCGGACCCCUGAGUAAUGUUGCCUGCGAUACAUUUUGCCUUGACGACGAUGGCACCUUCUUGGAAGCUACAAUGUCACUUCAAAGUGAAUCUUUAACCAUAAAUAACGUUAGAUUUAUCGAAGCUACAACCGUUCCACUUACUGCUGGACUUUCAAAGUGUCAUAAUAAAAAGGCAACAUUGCUGCUUGCAUUUAAAAGUAAUCUUCCUUACAAGCCCGGAGAUCAUCUAGGAGUCUUUGCUAGCAACAGACAAGAACUUGUCGAUGGUGUCAUCAAAAGGUUAAAAGGCGUAGCUGACCCUAAUGCACCUUUAGAAUUGCAAAUUUUGCAAGAAACUCAUACUUCUAAUGGUUGUGGUUCUAUUGAUUCGGAAGUAAAAGUUGUUCGAGAGAUUGACGAUUCUGUAGUGGAAGAUUGUAAAUUAGAUGGUUCGAUGGUCAACUCAGGCAUCGACGGCGUGGUUGGAGAGCGAUUGUCUGUUGCCUGCGAUACCUUUUGCCUUGACGACGAUGGCACGUUCUUGGAAGCUACAAUGUCACUUCAAAGUGAAUCUUUAACCAUAAAUAACGUUAGAUUUAUCGAAGCUACGACCGUUCCACUUACUGCUGGACUUUCAAAGUGUCAUAAUAAAAAGCCCGGAGAUCAUCUAGGAGUCUUUGCUAGCAACAGACAAGAACUCGUCGAUGGUGUCAUCAAAAGGUUAAAAGGAGUAGCUGACCCUAAUGCACCUUUAGAAUUGCAAAUUUUGCAAGAAACUCAUACUUCUAAUGGUGUUUUGAAAACGUGGAAACCACAUGAACGAUUGCCGGCCUGUUCGUUAAAACAAUUGUUUAGUUAUUACUUGGAUAUUACAACUCCUCCAACUCCGAACUUAUUACAACAUUUCGCCUCGAUUGCAACCGACCCAGAAGAGAAAAAGCAACUCAAUUUACUCGCAAACGAUUCUGCUGCCUACGAAGAUUGGCGUCACUGGCGAUUUCCCCAUCUUCUAGAUGUUUUAGAAGAAUUUCCUUCAGUUACACCAUGCGCGCCUCUUCUAGUUGGUCAGUUGAGUAUUCUACAGCCUAGAUUUUAUUCUAUUUCAUCCAGUCCCAUACUUCAUCCGAAAGAAGUACAUUUGACCGUUGCUGUGGUUGUAUAUAAAACUAAAGGUUUCGCACCUGGAUUCUAUCUUCCGAACGAUACCGUUACUCCAGUCAUCCUAGUUGGACCCGGAACGGGCAUUGCCCCUUUCAGAGCGUUCUGGCAACACCGCUACGCCCAGUUACUGAAACAUAAACAGAAAUUCGGCAAAAUGUUGUUGUUUUUCGGCUGUAGAACCAAAGACGUUGAUUUGUAUAGCGAAGAAAAAGAAGAAAUGAAGAAUAAGGGAGUUCUGGAUAAAGUUUUUCUGGCUUUGUCUAGAGAACGAGAUAUUCCAAAGACGUACGUACAGACAUUGGCGUUACAAGAGGGAUACGAGAUUUUCCAACUACUCGUUAAAGAAAAGGGUCAUUUUUAUGUUUGUGGUGACUGCACAAUGGCGGAACAUGUCCAUCAGACGUUGCAAAAUAUUAUACGAAAGCAUGGAUGUAUGAGCGAAUCAGAAGUGCAGUCUUAUAUGUUAUCUUUGAGGGACGAAAAUAGAUAUCACGAAGAUAUAUUUGGUAUUACUCUUAGGACCGCAGAAGUGCACAACAGAUCUCGGGAAACUGCAAGAAUUCGGAUGGCUUCGGAACCUUAACAAUAUCACUAUUAAAACAUAGAUUUAUUGGAGAAGGCUUAUGAAUGCUUACGUUAUGAACUUAGUGGAUUUUUUUUUAUUUUGCAUUAGUUUUAAAUAACUCUUUUAAAAUAACUCCAAACUUUAAAAUGUAUUUAAUAAGGACCUGUGUAUGACUUUGGUCGAAAAAUUCUGAUUCAAGUUGAACAUGAAACAUUGAUUCCUCCUGAUAAAUAAUCACCUGGGCACUUAUCUACCAACAAGUCUUCGAAAAUUAUUAUUACCUAUUUAAAAUAUGAUUUUUUUUAAACCAAUAUUUUCUUUUUUAUAUCGGAUAUAAUGAUUGUAAACUUUUGCUGCAAAAUUAAAAUCCUACUAACUCGAUAUAAUAAACAUUCAUGCAAGUCCACCUCUCUGACUACUAGCAAAAUAAAAUUUAAAUAAUUUUUUGAGUGAAAAUGAUUAAAUUUAAUGAUUUAAAUACUCUAAAAUUAAUUAUAAGUAAAAGCACAUAUGAAUUAUCAAAGGUUGCACUUUUAAAAUUUUAAUAUUAUUAACUAUACUGAAAUAUAUUAACAUUUAAACAAUUUUAAUCACUAAAAUUAUAAUUUAUGUAAGAUAAUAAUAUUAACCAACG